GCGCCGUGACGCUGGUUGCCCCUGAGGCAGCCCAUGCCGAGGAUGGCGCCGUCUGGAUCCCCGCGCUGUCCGCCAUUGGCGCCGGUUUUGCCAUCGGACUCGCCGCAAUCGGCUCGGGCGUUGGCCAGGGCAUUGCCAGCGGCCGAUGCAUUGACGGCAUCUCCCGUCAGCCGGAGGUUGCGGACGACCUCCGUGGUGUGCUGCUGCUGUCCCUGGCCUUCAUGGAGUCCUUGACCAUUUACGGCUUGGUGAUUGCUCUG